AUGGAUCCACAGCCAACCUUUGGCUGGUCGUAUACCGACAUCAGCUUAGCCAUCCAAGUCCUCAACACCUUGAUCGCCAAUUUAGACGAGAAAGACACUCAGGGUAGACAUCGAGCUAAAUCCGACUACCUUCGAUACCACCUCUGUCCCUUAUUCGGCUUGAUACAAGACUGCUUAGAAGAUAUCGAGGCCGACAAUGAACAUCCUCGAAGAGACUCAUGGAUGACAUCUCUAACCAUAAUUAGAGAUAGUUAUUACCGAUUCGAAGCGAAACUGGACAAGCAGAACAGUCACUCUACUAGACAUUUGGAUUCAGGUUCGGAGGUUCCAAUCAUUUCUGGGACUUGGACAUGGACCGAACUAUCGGGAAACAUCGAUGCGAUUAAGAGCGAAAUCGGCGAUGCUUUGGUGGAUGUCGAAUGGCUUAUCAACUUGGAAUUACGCUCAAAAUUCGAAGAAGAUGUGCAGACCCUCGAAAGAUUGUCAGCAGUCAUCGAGGCCCACGGUGCAACUAUCGCCACUUACCGUCGUGGACUACAAGAAGUUCUACGAGACGUACAGGCCAACGAACAGGACUGUGAAACAGUCCAGGACCUCUUCCAAGGCAGCACAGCUGAAUUCGCACAAAAGCUGAUCAAACAUCGACGAGAAACCAGAGCCAUGUCCAGCACACUACAACAAGUUCACAAUAUCCUCAUCAUUCUAGCCGGCCAGCUCUUAGCUCAACGAACUCGAUGCUCUUCAGAGACAGGAAAACGACAAUUGAGCCAACUGCAGUCCGAGACCAAAAAGCGAGCUGCCGCCAUUUCACGUCUCUGUCAGAGAUACAACAAUGCCGAAGAAAUGGGCUCGGAGAUUGUACGCAUGAUCCGCAAACUAGGCCUUACGAAACGGCAGGGUCAGGGACAGGCAUCAGACGAUGAAGUCCUAAAGACGAGAUUACUCAUGAAUGAACAGAACAGCCGGUGGAAUGACAGAAACCGCAACGCCAAUGCCAACGCCAAUGCCAAUGCCAACGACAUCAUUUCCACAGACCAUGACAAGAACGCCAUCAUCCCCAGCCGCAGGGAGCGAUGGAUCAAUCUAUUCCAGCACCUCCCAAGACCUCCCACACGACGGCAACACCAACCAUUCUUACAUGAUGCACCGAUAUCACACAACAGGUGUACCUGGGAGACCAAACCUCCGAUUCCCUCGAUCAACCACCUCCAACGACUUGCACGAAUCAUCCGAAAUCGACGAGAUCAUGCCCCUGUUCGCAUUGCGAAUUCCCAGCUCUACUAUCUCUUGGCCUCCUCCACCGACUCGAAGCGCACCACCGGUGCCAUCGUCGGAUCCAGAAUCAAGUCCAGAUCUGAAUCCAAAUCCAAAUCCAACACCAACACCAACACCAACACCAUUGCUAUGGCAGCCACAGCAGCAAGGUCGAUGUUCAUGUACAUGUGGAGCAAUACAUCAAGCACAUUCACCUCCAGCACCAGCACCAGCAUACUCACCUCCAAUAGCAGCACCUCCAACACCACCAGCACCGCUCCUACCUCCUCCUCCUCCACCGCCACCACCGGCGAUUUCUGCACCGCCACUAUCACCUCCAUUGUUGAUGCGAACACCGACUAUUCCACGACGAUCGAGUCGGCGAUCACCGUCUCGAUCGUCUUCCGAAAUGUCUUAUUAUCCGUCAUAUGCGGUUUCGGGUCCUUUGUUUUCACGGAUUGAGGCGAUGGCGCCGGUGGUUAAAGCGUGAUUAUUGGACGACGGCGAGGAUUUUGGGAGCAUGGAUGGGCAUUAGGAAGUCA